UAUGGUAGUCAAGUAUAAACAAAAUUAUAUUGGUCUAUGCAUAAAAGGCAAAAAAGGGAUAGAAAAGGGAAGAAAGGAUAUUAUAAUUGAUUUCAAGUCUUCUUCUGUACCAUCAACCCCCACAAACCAUUCUAACUUCACAUCAAACAAUGAAGAAAGGGUCGCAAGCACAAAACUUAAAAAAUCUUCAAGCUUUAGUGGAACUUCCUGUUCAAACUUUACGAAGAAUGACCGCCCCACAGUGUCCUCUAUUGAUAGAGAUGCAUUCCUCAAGUGUUUCGAAGAAGAUUUUAUACCUGUAAAAAUAGUUAACGUGAAGGAUAUGCAAGAUAGAAUGUUCCAAAUCAAAUUAACGUUAGCAUCACCUCAUAUUGAUUGGGAAAAACGAUGUAGUACGCUAAAGGAAAUCCGGUCGUUGAUUGCUAAUGGGGCGACAAGAUACGAUGAAUUUUUUUCUUGCCUUCGACUCUUAGAACCCUCAAUGCAAGUUACUUUAAAAGAUUUGAGAAGUCAAGUAGUCCGUGAAACCUGCAUCACUCUUGCAUACUUGUCCGUAAAGUUACGGUCGAAAUUUGAUCAUUUUACGGAAAUUAUACUCUCUUAUUUGUUUGCCUUAAUACCUAACGCUGUCAAAGUAAUGUCGAGUUCUGCUUGUACCUGCAUAAGUUUCCUUUUAGAGAAUUCCCGAAACUCAAACGUUCUGUCAAGCCUGUUGAAACAAUUGAAAUCAAAGUCAAAUGUCAUUCGGCGAGAAGGUUACGAUUUCAUAGCUCUAGUUCUGACGAAAUGGUCAACAAGAUAUUUGGAAAAGAAUGCCGACGCAAUUCAGGAAUGUAUAGUAGCUGGCUUGUCCGAUGCCGAUUCGGACGCAAGAGCACACGCCAGAAGAGGUUUUUGGGCGUAUGCCGACCACUUUCCGAACAAAGCGGAACAGUUAAGGAGAUCAUUAGACUUUUCAAAACAGAAAUUGUUACAAGGAAAGAUUAAUGGUGUUGUUACAAAGGUCGCCAGCUCGAUAAGAACCCGAUCACAAAGCGCUGAUAGGAGUAAAAGCAAAGAUAUUUCUCAUUCAGCAAAAGUCGACACACCUCAAAGACCAAGGCAAGCUACCUGCAAAAAUCUUAAAGUUAAAAGAUUUGUUCAAGAUAAUUUUGAACCUGAAAGCGAUGACGCUCACAGCGAAAGCUCUAGUUUGUAUUCAAACACUUCUUUUAGUAGCCACGGAAGUAGAUCUGAAGAUCUUCUACACGUUAUCAAGAACCUAGAUAAUUCGUUAUGGAUGGAUAAAAGGGAAGGUCUGCUAUCUCUGAAAAGUUUAUUAUUGAACGGCCGUAAAUUGAAUUUCGAAGAAUUGAAGCAAAUAAUGGAGUGUAUUGUGCGUACACUUCAUGAACAGCAUGCAAAACUUUUUUCCUCUCUCUUGGAUGUUAUACCAGAACUAAUUUCUACUCAUAGUAACAUGUCAAAUUGGUUAUACAUAUUGUUAGUUCGAUUACUAUUAAGAGGUGGGAGUUCUGAUGUCUUAGGUUCCCUGCAAAUUAAACUAUGGAAAUGCCUGCAAGUUAUAAGAGAUACGUUUGAUCCUAGUGAGCAAAUUCAGUGUCUGGCAAAGAUCAUAAUUGAACCCUCAUUGAGCUUGUCACUUAAGGUUAAAGAGACUAUUUCUACUUACGCUAUAGAAGUAGUUAAAAGGAUAGACGGUGAAAUCAUGGAAAAAUUGUUAAAGGAUAAUGGAAUUCGUUUAGCUGUCUCAAAGAUAAUUAUGUGGACGUCGGAGCCGAAAAGUGGCGAAUUAAGAACAGCCAGUUGUAAAUUAAUCGUAGCUUUAUUUGACUGCAAUCCACCUGCUUUUCAAAGCAUUCUUUCUUCGAUGCCUCAUUCCUUCCGACAAAAGACAACUGCCGUCCUAAAAACAUUUGUUAAAAGGGCAACAGGCGAUGAGCAUAAAAAUUCCAGAUUUAUCUCACCAUUCCCGCCCCCACCACCUCCAGUUGUCGAUAAUGGCGUGAAUGACAUAGACAUAGAUCAAUUAUUGCAUAACUUAUCCAACUAUGAGCUAGAAAAUGGAAAACGGAUGGACCAUUUUAGAGCUUUGCUAAAAGUAACCACCUCUGGUUCUAUUCCAGAAGAUGAAUGGGACAGCUUUUAUUCUAGUAUACUUUUAUUAAUUUUAGAUGCUGUUUCCGGAAAAGAAGAAGAAGAUAACCUUAAAGAAAUUGCUUUAAAAACUCUUAAUGAACUUUUGCAAAGUGACAUAACAAAAGUUGGAAAAUAUUUAGAUUUAACAACGAAGAAAAUACUAGAAUGUAAGCUAUCAGAAAAUUCACAAGGGAUCAAAACUGUCGCUGAUAAAUGCUUAAAAACCUUAAUGAAAAUGUCUGACCUACCUUUACUAUUAAUUUCUAUAUCUUCUUGCAUUACCGCCGAUUUACACGAAUUAAACGUUAUAUCUCUCCAUGCUCUAAAGGACCUCAUUGAAAAGUCCAGUCGUGAACAAUCGAUGGAUGCCCUGUCAUCAAUAGCUUCUAAAGUGAUAUUAGCUUAUUACAGCCCUGAAUCAUCAGUACGAAAAUGUGCAGUAGUUGCUUUAGUGGCUCUAUAUAUGAAGGUCGGAGACACAAUUUUAAAGAAUUAUUUAAAAGAUCUAGCUCCAGCCAAAUUACAGUUAUUAGAGUUGUAUAUAGAAAAAUUAUCAAAAAAAGAAAGAAAUUAG